CAGAACCCCACAACAAAACAAACAAACAAACAAACAUCAAAAUCCUCCCCCUCUUUCCUCUUCUCCUCUUUCAAAUCACUGUAUAAAAACCUACACUCAUUACUCUCCCCCCACCUGAUCCCUACUCAAAACUCCCCUCUCUCUUUCUCUCUUUAAACACUGAAUACUUCUCAAAACUCCCCCACUUUCCCUCUCUCUGUGUUUUUUAUUGUAGUGAGAGAUGGGUAGGUCUCCUUGCUGUGAGAAAGCACACACUAACAAAGGGGCAUGGACAAAGGAAGAGGAUGAGCGGCUGAUUUCUCACAUACGUGCUCAUGGGGAGGGCUGCUGGCGCUCACUGCCGAAGGCAGCGGGGCUCCUGCGCUGCGGUAAGAGCUGCCGGCUUCGUUGGAUCAACUACCUUCGCCCCGAUCUUAAGCGGGGUAACUUCACUGAAGAAGAGGAUGAACUUAUCAUCAAACUCCAUAGCCUCCUUGGCAACAAGUGGUCUUUGAUUGCUGGAAGGUUACCAGGGAGAACAGACAAUGAGAUUAAGAACUAUUGGAACACCCAUAUUCGAAGGAAAUUGCUGAGCAGGGGAGUCGAUCCCCUUACUCAUCGCCCCAUCAACGGAAAAGUUGCAGAGCCCAACACCACAACCACGAUCCCCUUUGUCGAAGACAAGAGUGCGACAAAUUCGGAAGAAAAGACAGAGAUGUAUGAAGAUAGAGAAGAGGAAUCUCCAGGAUUUGAUCUCAACCUUGACCUCUGCAUUAGCCUUCCCUAUCAACACCAACAACAACAACAAUCCCACCCUUCACAGAGGAGGGGCCUCUGUUUGUGUUGCAAUUUGGGGUUACAGAAGAGCAAAGAUUGCAGUUGUAAUGAGUUUCUUGGAGUCGAGACUGGCUGCCUUGACUAUAGAAGGCUGGAAAUGAAAUGAAGAAAAGCCAAACCAAAUUCACCUAAUUUUUGUAGCGAAAUUAACCCUUCUUUCUCCUUUAUGAUGCCUGACAUUAUGUUUUCUGAUCAGAAGAAAUGACCUCUCUCUCUCUGUCUCUCUCUCUCUCUCUCCGCUUUGAAAAAUUGGUGAUAUGGAUCGGAUCAGGCCGAUUCAGAUCGGAUAUUGGUUGAGUUGAUCUGCAUCCCAUUAAAUAUAAGGAAUCAGCGGUUUCCCCAA